GCGGGCUGCUUGUCCUCUCAUGACGAGCCGGAGGCGGAAGCGAAGGACAGAAGGACAGCCACCACUAUGGCCGCCGCCACUCACGCGCACCCCUUCCAUCCAUGCUUUCUCUCCUUCCCUUCACGGCCUUCGAACCCGAGAGUUAUCCAGUCUUCCGCCCUGAAUCCCUGAUCCUACUAGGGCGAGAGAAAUUAGCCCGUAGUAUGAAACCUGCCAUACCCAGACCAAUGCGACGUUCGGAAUGCCUGAAUCGUUUGAUACUCUCCUCCCUUGCACUAUAGUAGGCUGCUAGAUUCGUUCCGAUAGGCUGCUUCGCCCCGAAAGUUCCACGGCGCAAAUCUCGCGAGUCUCGGCGUCGCCAUGUUUUCGCCGCUGGCCUGUUUCUCUCCACACAACUUCGCCGACGAUUACUGCGACUUCGGCGACGAAGUAAUAACGUUCGACGAAGGCUUUUCGCACGCAACGCCAACUCGCCAGGCUAUUCCGAAAAUCUCCUCCCUCUCGUCCUUGCCGGUCUUCACGCGGCCCCUCUCGAGCCCCGCAGCCGCGUGCGUCGCAGCCUUCCCCCUCUGCUGCUCGCCCACCAGCGACGCCGUUGCUUGCCGCAGCGACUCCUUGCGACAUGACGUGCGACAAGACGAGUCGCCGUCCCUCGCUGUUCCCCCCGUGAUAGUGCCAUCGCCUACUAGCGACGACGUCGCACGGCAACACUUUUCUAGCAGCGGCGAGACCCGCCGCGGCUCUCCUCCCACGCGAAACUCGAACAACAAGCGCGCUGGCAGCGGCGUCGUGCGCGAGAGGAACACGGAGAAAGCGGAAGCCGCCGCGACGUCGGCGCGAGCAGCGGCGUCGCGCGCGAGUCGGCCGUCGCUGGUCAUUCCGGACCCUGCUGGAGAGGCGCCAGAAUAUUACGACCCUAAACCAGAAAAACUAAAUUCCGAGUUAUUCGGUGGUGGCGGUAGUAAGCCGCGGUCGUCGCGCGCCCGCGCGAAGUCGCGGCCGCGCACAGCGCCGGGAAUCGCGCGCUGGUUCUGGGACGCCGCUGCGGGGGCGGCUGGAGUGGCGGAGCCAGCAGGAGCGGGGACGGGAACGGCGGGAGAGGCGGCAGGCGGAAAGCAGCCUGAGCGUGCGAUGGAGGAGAAAGCGAACGAAUGCUCGGCGAUCCUGUCUCUUAAAGGCUGCGACGCGGCGUCAGCGGCGUCGCAUGAGACGUCUCGAGGAGUCGUCGGCGCACCACCGACUGCCGCCGCCGCGUUAGGCGACGGCGCGGGCGACAAAGUGGCGGUGGCGUGGACGCUCUACCCAUCGGCGCGCAGUGAAAGUGCUGGCGGCGACCGGCGGCGCGCGCGGGACGUGCUUAUAGUGAAAGGGGUAAGGCCCGCGGAUUCUGCAGGGAAGGGCGGAGGCGGGGUGUUCCGCAAGAAGCAGCAGCGGGGGAAGGGCAGGCGGAACGUGUUCGUGUAUGAGCUGGUGCGCGCGCCGGCGGGGGGCGGCGGGGACGGGGGGAAAUGCGGGCUGCCGCGCGCGCAGACCGCGGGCGCGGCGGAGAGCGGCAGCGCUGACAUGCGGGGAGCGGAAUGCUUGGGAAGGGCGGAGGAAGCGGAAGGAGCGGCAGGCGCAGUGGGGAGGGCGGAGGGCUGGCAGCAGCAGUCGUUGGACCGAAGCGACACGCAGAGCGACAUUGCUGAUGUGGACGAAUGGCGGCGCGAGAUGGAAAGGUAUAUGGAGAAGGAGAGACGGGCGAGCCUUGAGUCGACUCAAAGGACGAUGAUGGCGAUGACGUGGCAGCACGCAGAAGGGGAGGGGGAGGCGCGGAAGAAGGGCGGGGAGGGGAAGGGUGAGCGCGCAAUGUCAGCGCAUCACGGAGGAAGGGACCCCCCUGCCGCGGGGUUUCGGGGAGAGGAGCGGGGAAGCAGCGAGGAGGGGGAGGAGGAGGGGCAAGGCGAGGGGAAGAGCGGCAGCAGUGGCGGCGGCAGCUGGGGGUUGCAUGACGAUGGUCACGAUGGUGACGAUGGUUCGUUAGGAACAGGCGGGUGCGGCCGACCUGAUAACGCGUAUGGCAGCUGUAACGAGGCGGUUAUUUCGCAAGCGGGAUCCGCGAGCAGCUGGAGCGCUAAUGACGAGGGAGAGGGGGGUGUGGAUCGGUGGGACCUGGAGGCGGAUAUCGAGGAGCACUAUAACGAGGAUGACGCAGACGAGAACGACUCGUUCGUCUCCGCUGCAAAGAGCGAGGACGCGUGGGACAUCGCGGGGAGCUGCGAGGAGGAGAGCGCGCCUCGGGGACGAGAACGGGAGGAAGGGGAGGAGGGCUGUGAUUGGCUGGAUGUGGAGAAGGGGGUGCUGCUGAUCGACGAGGGGCACGUGGCGCUCGCGGCGACGUCUGGGGCUGGCAGGGCAGACUGGGCCGGCUGUGCUGGCUGUGACCCGCGCACACGAGAGAGCGGCGAUCACGGCAAGCGCAGGAAGCACGGAAAGCGCGGGAGAGCAUGGGGGCACGGGGGAGCGGCCUCUGACGCGCCGGAUCCUCCCUCGGACGAUGACAGCAGCAGCGCGCCGGAACCCCCCUCUUCGCCCCCCCCUGGCGCGGCAUCUCGUCCCGCGCCGCCUCCGCCUCCGCCCCUCCCCCCAUUGCUGCAUUCCCGCCACGCCGCCGCCGCCCGCCGCCUCACCGCCAAAGCCGCCGCUGCCCGCGCUGCAGCCCAGGCGUUCGCCUCUCACGCACCUGCUGGGGAUCACAGUGGCGAUGGCGAUGGCAGUACUGCCCCUUCGGCCCGCGAUGGGCGCAAGCAGGAGCAGCGCGCGCUGCUGCGAUGCGAGGGGCUGUGGGGGAGCAACCGAGUGCGGGCGUUCGACCCCGGCGAGUACGAACUCGCUGCUGCUGCCAUGGCCACUGCAGCCGUGGCGGUGGUGGUCGUGGUAGGGGAGGCAGCAGGUUGGCACUCGCUGGGGUCAAACGCCCAGAGGCGGUGUGAGGCGCAGCAGGGGGGGGAUGAGGUUCUGGAGAGGGCGAGGCGCGCAGAAGGAGGGAGGGAGGCUGUCAAGACUACAGAGGGUGCAGUGAGGCUCACAGAUGGUGCAGAGGAGCGAUGCGAUGGUGGUGGUGGUGGUGGUGGUGGUGGUGGUGGUGGUACGGCAGUGACGCUGGCAGCGGCGAGAACGAGGCAGCACGUGUCAGCGUGGUGGCAGUUGGGAGGGGCUGAAAAGACCCUCAGCAGCGGCCAUGCUAGUACGGGCAAGGGGAGUAGCAGUGGGCAGAGCAGGGGUCGUUCCCGGCUGGUGGGUCCACCACCCACGCCCGUGACUCCGGAAACUGAUGCAUGCACGGAGGAGAACACUUUGUACUCGAUACAAGGUGCCCCGGUGAAAGGUACUGGCCAACCUGCUCCAGCUGGCGCAGUGGUGCAGACAAAAGCGCCUCUGGCCCGCUCUUCCUCCAUAUCCCCCCCAGCCCUCCCCCUGCGCAGAGCAUUGCUUCUCCCCCCCUCUGCUGGCCUGAGACGGCAGCAGUCCGCCGCCGCUGCUCUCGCUCUGGCUGCUCCUGGCGCGAGGGAGAGAAAAGAAGAGGCGGCGGGUCACAUUCUUGCAGGGAAGGGGGGGGGGGCGAGGGGGGAGAGCAGGCAGGGCGUGAGUUAUCACAAGAUCAGCAGCACAGGCAGCAGCGGCAGUGGUGGUGGUGGUGGUGGGGGUGGGGGUGGGGGUGGUGUCUCUGCUGCUCCCUCCCAGCGCAUUGCCAAAAGCGUCACUUACAACAUUGGCGGCGCUGCACCCGCCACUGCAACAGCUGCUAAAGCUGCUAACAGCAGCAGCCGCAUUUCCACGUCUUGGUCUUCCUCUCCCCCCCCCAGGGCCCAGCCCCAGCCCAAGGCGAAGCGUCUGAGCCGAGCCAACUCCGCCGCUCCCAGGCUGCUGCCCCCGCAAGCCAUCAUGCUGGCCGGGGGGAAACGAUUCACCACCCGCUCCAAGAGUGGUGGCGCUGCUGCUGCCUCUGAGACACCAGCACUGGCAAGUGCUGGGGUAGCGGGAGCAGCAGAAACGGCAGGGAUGGGAGGGAAGAGUGUAGCAGCGGGCCCAAGGACGAGCUCGGUGGUAUACCACCCGGCGUUCAGCAGCUACCGACACCAGGCUGACGUGGCAGCACAUGAGGAGGCGGAGAGCCUGAGGGAGUUAGAGAGGCAGCUGCAGCAGCAGAGGGAGAGGAGGCGGAGGGAGGAGGAAGAGGAGGAGGAGGUGCUAGCAGUGGCUGCUGAGAGAGGGGUUAGGGAGGUGAGAGUGAGGGAGGGCGAGUGGGAGGAGGGGGAGGCGUGGAUGGGGUGUGAGAAGGGGUGUGGGAAGGGGUGUGAGAAGGGGUGUGGGAAGGGGUGUGAGAAGGGGUGUGGGAAGGGGUGUGAGAAGGGGUGUGGGAAGGGGUGUGAGAAGGGGUGUGGGAAGGGGUGUGAGAAGGGGUGUGGGAAAGGGUGUGGGUUGGGGUGUGGGGUUGGGAUUGAUGGCGUGGCGCUGUGCUUGGAGAUGGAAACAGGGAUGGGCAUGGGGGGUAGAGGAGGGGUGGGGGGAGAGGUGGGGAGAGGGAGAGGAGGGGAGAGGGGAAGGAGUUUGAAGGCAGGGGUGGGAAUGGUGCUGGGAUCGAGUCCAGAGGCGAUAUGGGAUGGAAGGAUGAGGGAGGAGAUGAGGGAGGAGAUGGGGAAAGAGAUGGGCAGGGAGCACGCUGGUACCAAGCACGUGGACGGGGACGGGGCAGCACAGCCUCCCAUGCGACGGUCGAGAACAGAUACCCGGCAGGAGAGGAGGGCGAGGGAGCAGCGGGAGCAGGUGGGUGCAGUGCAGUGUGGUAGAGAGCGUGCGGGAGUGGUCAUGGCACCGGCACCGCCGCUGAUGCGAAGGUCCCGGACUGACACGAGGCAGGAGAGGAGGGUGCGGGAACAGAGGGAGCAGAGGGAGAAGAUGGGUGUGUUUGGGAGGCAGGACAUGGGAGUGGAAGGAGCAGCGGUGCCACCACCCAUGCAACGGUCUCGGACAGACACGAGGCAGGAGAGGGAGAGGAGGGGGCUGCAGCAGGCAGUGUCAACAGCGGCAAGUGAGGCGAGGGAGGGGGGCAAGGGAGGGCGGGUGUUGAGGCGAGGCAACACACAGCCGUGCAGGCGCAUGGAAAGGGAGGCCGUGCCCAAGCCCAAGCGAAUGCACGGGGACGUGCUCAUCCGCACCCACGCAUUAGGACAAGAUGCUGAGAUUCUCAUCCUUGACAACUGACCUCACUCACAGUCGCCGUGACGCCGCCGCCAUCACGACGGCAACCAAACCAUGGCUUAGCCAGAGUUGUCGCACUACAGCAAUCGUGUAAAUCGUGGUUGAGUGGUUCUAUCUAACUUCUUGGAGGCACAGCAUUCACUUGCUUGCUGCUUACAGUGUCUUGGGUCAGGCCAACAACUGCCAGGCAGCAAUUCUGAACACAACCAGAUUCAGUCAUACGGGGUAGAUCUCAACCCCAGGAAGAACCCAAGAGGACAAUUCGCCACGUACCAAUAGCUUGUUGCAGACUCACACGUGCUAGGCAACGAUUCUGUAAAAAGCCUGACUGAUUCCAUAGUUUAUCUCUA